CCUCGAGGCGGUCGGCCUGGCCACCCACUAGCUGUGUGACCUCGAGGAAGUGACCUGGCUUCUCCAGCUUCAGUCCCUGGUCCGUAGAAGGAAGAUGUUGGAGGACAUUCCUCGUGGGCUUGGAGUGAGCCUCUGCGCGAAGGCUCGGGAAGCGCUGCCCGCCACGGGAAGGAGGCGGAAACCCUCGGCGGCCCGCGCCACACCAGGCCUCGCCUCUGUGAGGAGCGGCCCCCGGCCCGUGCCCGAAGGUGCCCUGGGGCCCGGGGCCGCUGGGCGCCGGGAGCUCCGCCUGGUUCUCAACGCCAGCAUUUACAGCUCCCGGAAGACACAACCCCUGUCAGCCAUUCACACUUGGCGGGCAGGCGGCGCUCAAGGCUGCGGGGCCGCGGGAGAUGCCGUCCUGCUCUGCCCCUGCCCGGCUCCCUGCCGGGCUCCCUGCAGCCCGCGGCCGGCCGGAGGUCCGUACCACCGAGAGACCGGCUGGUCUCUGCGCGGCUAGAGCGGCACCGGAAGCUCCCCGGGCGGGGCCUCGGGCCGAUUUCCGGCCGCACCGUGCGGGCGGCCGUGCGGCCUUUGUCAGCAGGCCAGCGGGGCGGGCGGCCAGCGGUCCGCGUGCGGGGCGCGCGCCGUCCUCUCGCCGCUGGGCGCCGGACUGACGGGUGACUAGAAGGUGACUCCAGAGCCUGAAUUUCUGAGCAUGGAAAUCUGCAGAAGCCAGUGUCCGAAGCCCUCACAGUGAUGGAGGUCGCUGCCCCUGCGCCUGGCGGGGGCCCUGAACCCAGAUUGGGGGGGCUGUUGGGAAACCUGGACGGGCAGAGCCUGCGGAGCUGCCCCUCCCAGGAGGGAGGUUUCAAGCAGGUGACAGUUACCCACUGGAAGAUCCAAACAGGAGAGGCAGCGCAGGUGGGCAGUAAGUCAGGAGGAAGCCCCGUCCUGAGCUCAAACCUCCUCCUGCUUCAGAGAGAGCUGAUCGAAGGGGAGGCCCACCAGCGCGAGGCUUGCGGAAGCUUCCCAUUUAAUUCGGACCUGGUCAGACAUCAGGUUUCUCAGGCUGGGGAGAAGUCUCACAGACGUGACGAGUGUGGGAGGGGCUUCGGCCAGAGCUCCCACCUCGUGGAGCAUCCACGCGCUCACGGCGGAGACAGACUCUACGUGUGUAACGCGUGUGGGAAAGACUUCGUUCUCUACGCGGAUCUUGUGGAGCAUCAGAAAGCGCACGCGGGAGAAAGGCCCUUCAAGUGCGCUCAGUGUGGGAAGGCGUUCUGUCACAGCUCAGACCUGAUCCGCCACCAGCGCGUGCACACCCGGGAGCGACCUUUCGAGUGCAAGGAAUGCGGGAAAGGCUUCAGUCAGAGCUCGCUGCUCAUCCGGCACCAGAGGAUCCACACUGGGGAGAGGCCCUACGAGUGCAACGAGUGCGGCAAGGCCUUCAUCCGGAGCUCCAGCCUCAUCCGGCAUUACCAGGUCCACACGGAGGUGAGGCAGUACGAGUGUGAGGAGUGCAGGAAGGCCUUCCGCCACCGCUCGGACCUCAUCGAGCACCAGAGGAUCCACACCGGGGAGAGGCCCUACGAGUGCAACGAGUGCGGCAAGGCCUUCAUCCGGAGCUCGAAGCUCAUCCAGCACCAGAGGAUCCACACUGGAGAGAGGCCUUACGUGUGCAACGAGUGCGGGAAGCGUUUCAGCCAGACGUCGAACUUCACUCAGCAUCAGAGGAUCCACACUGGAGAGAAGCUCUACGAAUGUAACGAGUGCGGGAAAGCGUUCUUUCUGAGUUCGUACCUUAUUCGACACCAGAAGAUCCACACUGGAGAGAGGGUGUAUGAGUGUAAGGAAUGUGGGAAAGCUUUUCUCCAGAAAGCCCAUCUCACUGAGCAUCAGAAGAUCCACACUGGGGACAGGCCCUUUGCGUGUAAGGACUGUGGGAAAGCCUUCAUUCAGAGCUCCAAGCUCCUCCUACACCAGGUGAUUCACACUGGAGAGAAGCCCUAUGUAUGUAGUUACUGUGGGAAAGGCUUUAUUCAGAGGUCAAACUUCCUUCAGCACCAGAAAAUUCAUGCUGAAGACAAACUCUAUGAAUGUAGUCAGUAUAGGACAGAGUUCACCUCAACUCCAAACUUUAAAGGCAGCCAAGAGGUUCACCAAGAGGGACUCCCCUUGAGUCAGACCCCCAUACAUUUGGGUGAGAAGUAUGUAGGUCAGGGGGAGCACACAGACUUGUAACUAUUCUCCAACUCACUGAGUGAUUGUCGAAGCGAGUGGUGUGAGCCCUAAGUCAUGCGGCUUUGGACGUGUCACCAUUUCCCAGAGUCACCGGCAGGGCCGCCUCUGGAGUGGGCUGCCACCUCCCACUUGGCUGCCCAGCCGGCCCGCUGUCUUCCUCCUCCGUUGGGAGCACGUGCCCGCGGGAGAGCCACGUGACUGGACAGCUGACUUGGAGCUGGACCAGCCUGGGGGGAGGAGCUCGGCCUCGGGAGAAGGUUCUUCUGUUUCAUUGCACAAUUACAAUUCACCCCAGAGUUAAAUCCCUUCUAAAGUAGAAUUAUGUACCUAAUCGUAUCACUUUAAAAGAGUAUUCCUUAGCAUUUUUUUCUUUUUUUCUUUUUUUUUUUUUUUUUGCGGUAUGCGGGCCUCUCACUGUUGUGGCCUCUCCCUGUUGCGGAGCACAGGCUCCGGACACGCAGGCUCGGCGGCCGUGGCUCACGGGCCCAGCCGCACGGUGGCAUGUGGAAUCUUCCCGGACCGGGGCACGAGGCCGCGUCCCCUGCAUCGGCAGGCGGACUCUCAACCACUGCGCCACCAGGGAAGCCCCUCCUUAGCAUAUUUUGAUCUGUCAGAAAGGCAAGUUGGAGAAACAUCCUUUCUUAUCUAAAACCACAAAUUGGUUCCCUGUCGUCCUUAGGAUAAGUUCCAAUCUCCCCAUCCUGCAUCCGAAGGCCUUUUGCUUCCUGCGGCCUCUUCUCCCGCCGGUUAACUCCCUGCCGCACCGUUGGCACUGCGGCAGCACUAACUGCUGGACGUCCCCACUUACCCAGGCCGCUCCUGCCUCCUUGCCUCUGUCCUGGUUGGAAUGCCCCCUCUCCUCACCCGGCUGACUCGGCUCAGCCCGCUACCCCUCUGCUUCCGUUCCUCGGUGGUCCUUCACCUCUGUUGCUGCGCUUACUCUGAUACGUCAAAAUCGUGUUUCAGAUCCUCUCUCUUUCCUUGUUACAGUGUUAACUCGUGGAGCACAGUGAGUGUAUCUGAUAGAUUUAUGUGUCCCUGGCGUCUAGAGCAAGGCAGUACAAAGCACACCCCCGUCCUUGUGUACUUGGCUUGUCCUCUCUAUACUGCUCUUUAAAAUAUGUUUUCGGUUGCUCUUUUUGCUGUUGCUGUUUUGUGUAAUCUGCUGGUCUGUCGGAAAUACCUCCUCUCGGCCCUGCUGGCGUCUUCGGCUCAUACUGCGUUCAGCACUUGCAGGCAGGAGCCAGAGUGAGAUGGUGCCCCUUGUGUUUUUGCCUUCACGGCUUGUCCAUGACUGUCCACUUGCUCUGGGGGAGGCUUGUCCUCAGUCAGUCAUCCGUGUAUCUUUCUGAUUCAUUCAAAGGGCACACAGUCCUGGUGCACUACAUGACUUUUCCCGUCUCAGCCAUUCCAUGAUUGAGCCAACGUCUUCCCCUUUCCCUGCUUUCUGACUCACUUUGUCAUUGAUUUGAAAAUGUAAUUAUCUAAAAGGACCAGUGCUAAAUACUGGGAAACCGAGAAGAAUGAGACACUAUCUGUCCUGAAGUCGUCCAGUGUCUGAUGGGGGAGGCAGGAAGGUCACGGUAUGCUGAGUUAAGUGUUGAAAGAGAAGUGUGUUCCCAGUUGUGCAGGAGCAUAGGUAAGGAGGUGACUAAUUUGGCAUGGGGCAACUGGGACGGCUUCACAGAGGAGGUGACAGCAAACUGGUCCACAGAGAUAAGUAGACAUUUUGUCAGCUAGAGCAGAGGAUGAUCUGGGAGGGAAUCUGGGGAAACGGCAGGACUGGUGGAUCCCUCUCUGGGUACGGCUGUUCGAAAGCAGGCCAGUUUUAUUACACAGCAGAACUGUUAGUUGUUCCCUCUGAAUUGCUUUUAUCUGAACAUUAACAAAACCAGUUUUGAAAUGCUGUGAUAAUGGAGUGCCCAUGAGGGUAUAUCUUGAGUUCUUAAACUCCAGCAACCCUAGAAGCCUUGAGGGGGUAAAUAAUUCAAAAAGAGCAUACAGUGCUCCAUCUUUUGGAAAACUCACCAUGACUGGAGAUGUUUCAAAUGGUAUAGAAGCAGAUAUUACCAGCCCAUUUUAACCAACUUUGUUUGGUUGAGGUCCAGUUGCCAUACAGUAAAACACCUAUUUUAAGUGUACAGAAUUCUGACAAAUCCAUACGCCUGUGUAACCAUCAUCAUGAUCAAGGAUAACAUUUCUGUCACCCCAAAAUGUUCCCUUUUGUCCUUUCCCAGUUAAUCCCACCUCAGGCCCAAGUAACCACUUCCUGUUAGUGUGGAUUCGUUACGCCUGUUCCGGGACUUCCUGUUAGUGUGGAUUCGUUAUGCCUGGUCCAGGACUUCAUGUAAAUGGAUUCAUAUGGCAUGUAAUCCUGUGUAAUCCAAACGUCUUUCACUUCGGCAUGUUUUAAAGACUCAGCUGGGUAGUUCUGUGUUUCCAUAGCUCUUUUUCUUUGUGAGUAGUGUUCCAUUGUAUGCGUAAGCAUCAUUUAUUAUUCAUUCAUCUGUUGAUGGAAAUUUGGGUUUCCAGCUUUGGCUGUUAUGAAUAAAACUGCUAUGAGCA